CACACACGCAGCAAAACACCACCCAAUACACUUCCAACAAGUGCAAGCGCACGCAACCAGCACAACGACAAACGAGGACAGAGGAGCACUCGUCUUUGUGAGCGUCUCUGAGCGUCUCUCCCACUGCCCUCACCGCCACUUCCCCGCCCACCAUCGUCAACGCUCGUUAGCCGUGGCGAUGGAGGAGAAGACGGGGAGGCAAGACGGCAUGGCUGACGCCACCCCACGACACCGGAAGACACGCAGUGUCACUCCACUGCAGCACGGAGGCGUUUUGAUCGCCAUCACCGUCACCACCUGUCUGGUGUUUGCAUUGAUCGGCGCCGGUACUGCUGCUGUUGCUGUACCGACGACCACAACAACAACAACAGCGCCGACAGUCAGUACGAGUACGAAUGCAACCGCAGCCACCUUGGCCGCUCCAGCGUGGGUGGGCGCAGGAUGCAGCGCACACGCAGACUCGUGCACCAGCAUCCGCUCAUCGAUACACGCGCUGCUCCAAUCCAUCCAAUCCCGCGAGCAGCGUCACACGGGCAGCUAUGUCAGCGGCGACAAUGACGCCACCGAGCUCUCUCACUUGCGAACCAUCGAGGCGUUUGUCAACCAAUUCUGUCCUCCACCGCCACCUCCUACAUCAACGCCACCACCACCCCCACCACCACCACCACCUCGACUGCCAAGUCAGCCACCGCAGGAGCAGGUGGUGCAGCGCGUGCGGCGUGCCAGUACAACCACCACACCUGCAACAACCACGACAACCGCAAGCACGACAACAACCACAACAUCAACGACACGCGCACAGCGGUUUGCAGACCGUGCUGUCGUGUGCACCCUCACUCGGUCCACCCCAUUCGACUGCACCAACCCUCGUGAUGUGCCAGAGAUGGUGCUCAAGAUCCAAGGCAGUGGCAAGCCGCUGCCCGUCUGGUACCUUGAUGAAAUCGACAUCUUCAACAAGUUCUUUAUUGAUCCCACAACCCCCACGAACCUCAUCAUCGAAGGGUCUGUGUUCCUGGAGGACCUGGUGUGGCUGCUUCAGUUUCGCUGGGAUACGGUCACCAACAUCACCAUCCGUGGAUAUGAGGGCGUCGAGUUUCCGCUCGCUGUGCUCAACCCCAUGACCAACGUGCACACCGUCGACCUGGCAGGCAACGACAUCACACGCCUCGUGCCCACAAACGCGGCUGUCAAUACCAUUCCCUUUACGCUCGGCGACAGCAUCACCACCCUCGACGUCACGCGCAACAGCCUGAGCCAGCUGCCACAGGCCACCCUGGCCGUCAUGCCAAAUCUCAAGCAGCUGACAUGGGACGGCAACCAACUCGCGGCCAUUGAACCUGGGGCGUUCUCGGCGACACCGCAGCUCGCCACCCUCUCCCUCCGCAACAACCGCAUAUCAAAUGUUGUCGCCCGCACGUUUGCUGGCCUCAUCUCGCUGCGUGAGCUCGACCUCAGCAACAACGGCAUCUCCAAACUCGACGAUGACGCACUGCUCUCCGUUGUCGACCUGCGUCGCCUCAACCUCGACCAGAACCCCAUCGAGGCCUUCCCUACCCCCCUGUUUGCCAAGCUGACACGCCUGCGGCACUUGUACCUCACCACCACGCGCGCCACCAAGCUGCCAACAGGCCUGUUUGAGCACAACACGCGGCUGCAAGAGCUGUGGCUGUUUCACAACAGGUUCACGGAGAUUGAGGUUGGCACCUUUGACAAGCUCACCCGCCUCGUCUUCCUCACGCUCACGGGCAACGACAUCACGCACCUCCCUGCCAUGCUGUUUGCACGCCUGACGCGCCUCAAGGAGCUCUACAUCUCCGACAACGACGUUCGAAACGUGGAUCCAAACGCAUUUCAUGGGCCGGAGAGCCUCACCACCCUGUCCCUCCUCAGCAACAGCAUCAACGACAUCGAUCCAGAAACAUUCACCACCGUGCCAGCGCUGGAGUAUGUUGACCUGAGCGGCAACGCCCUCACACGCGUUGCCUACAACCUCCUGAGCGGCUGCCCACGCCUGACUGAGCUUGUGCUGUCCGACAACCGCAUGACGCAAUUUGACCACGUGCCACUUCCCGGACUCAAAAUCCUGCGCAUCCACGACAACCCACUCGUGGAACAGCCUGACGCCGGCAUCUUCCCCAACCUCACCACGCUGCGCAUGAACAACCACCGUGUGCCGUGGGUCAACUUCACGCUCGCAUUUGUGCUGCCGCACCUGACCACGCUUGAGCUGAGCGCUGAUCCAAGCUUUGAAGAGGCGCGCGUGCUCCCCAUCCCGGAAAUCGAGGCCCGCGCUGCCACCGCCACCCCUGCGAAUGAUGAUGGUGCUGGUGCUGGUGGUGCUGGUAUCUUGCCACUGCGCGUGCUGGAUGUGCGGAACAUUGAGUUGCCGGCGGUGUUCGACCAGAGCGUGCGAUCGCGUCGCUUCCGUCUGAAGCGGUUCGCGGCGGGGUGGCCUGGCAUGACGGAAGCCACCAUCCCAUCCGAUGUGCUGUGCCAGGCACUCGACCCCAACGUGGAGGAGCUCAUGCUAACCAGCACCGGUUACACCAGCAUCAACGUGUGCCCCAACAUCACCUUCCGCGCCGUGUUCCUGCAAGAGAACGCACAGCUGCACACCGUGCACAUCCACAACCCGCUUGAGCAACUCAACCUGUUCCGCUCGGAAAAGAUGCAGACGCUGCUGCUGCCGCGCGCCGAUGUGAUUGACCUGUCCUACACCAAGAUCUCCUCCAUCACCCCCCUGUGUGGCGAGUGGGGCUCGCGUGUCCUGUUUUAUCGCGGUGUGCAAAAUCCCUUGCUCGCACAGCGCGGCGUGGAGCUGUUUCAGCGCUGCUUGCGCAAUGUCGAGGUGGUGGAUUUCACCGACAGCACGUGGCUGUACGGCCUGGACGAGAUCCGCGACGUCACGCGGCGCCCAACCAUCCUCUCCACGCAGCAGUUCCAGGCGGAAGAUCGGUCCAGUUUGCACAGCCGCGCAGAGGCGCCUGUCGUCACCAUGCAGAACACACCCGUGCAGUGCCGCAUUGGCUUUCUCAACGAAAACGUGCGGCCUGUCGACCAGACGGAGGCAAUUCAGUCCCAGCUCGCAUACAACUUCCGCUGCCAGUGCAGCAACGGGUACACGGCGCGUGCCGGCAAGUGCGUGGAAGACCCCACGAGCAUCAUUGUCAUUGCGCUGAGCGUCACGUUCAUCGUGGUGAUGGUGGUGGUGCUCCCCAUCCUGUACUACCAGUACAGACGCUACCGCCGCACGCAGCAGCGCAACGUCAACUUGGACGCCGACAACAGACAGAAGCAGCGCGAGCUUGAUAAGACAAACGAGGAAGUGAAGGCUCUCAAAGCCGUGUGGGAGAUUGGGCACGAGGAGCUGCGGUUUGAGAAGUGCGUUGCGUCGGGGGCGCACGGGGACGUGUGGCGGGCAGAGUGGGACGCCGUGCCCGUGGCGGUGAAGGUGCUGAAGCAGAACGUGAUGCUGUUUGACGAGAGCACGGUGGCAGAGUUUGAGAAGGAGGUGGAGUUUCUGCGCUGCACGCGCCACCCAAACGUGGUGCGCUUCUUUGGCGCCGGCACCCGCCCCGGUGGCUCCCCCUUUCUCGUCCUCGAAUUUGUCGCACACGGCUCCCUGCGCGGCCUGCUGCGCAAGGGGAAGCUGCCACAGCUGCUGCAGGACUACAAGCGCAUCCUUCGCACCAUGCAGACAGCAGCGUUGGGCGGUGGUGGCAGUGGUGGCAGUAAUGGUGGUGGACGGAAGCAGUAUCGUGGCGAUCAGCAACAACAGCAACAGCAACGCCGUCGCGUUCAGCGUCGCCAACACAACAAAGUGAAGACAACUGCCCUUGAUGGCUCUGACCUGCGCACGCGUCUGCUCGACGAUAUGAGUGGCACUGAUGACGACGAUGAUCACAACAGUGGAUAUGGCGGUGGUGGAGACAUUGAGCUUGGUACACCAGGCCACAGCAACAGCAGCACCAGUGGUGGUGGUCGUGGUGGUGGUGGUGGUAUUGCGUUGGAGCACAGCUAUGAUCGUGAUUCCAUUCGCCGGCACCAGCGUGAGCGCCCGCCUGCGGACGUGUGGGAGCUGAAGCAGCGGCUCGCUCUCGAUGUCGCGGACGGAAUGGCAUUCAUCCACCGCCUGGGCCACUUUCACAGAGACUUGAAGAGCGGCAACGUGCUGGUGUCAAAACAUUUGCGCGCGAAGAUCACCGACUUUGGAACCAUUCGCCAGCACUUGACUGCCACGAGCACAGCACCCGCCGCAACAACAGCAGCAACGACAGCAACAACUGCACAUAUGGAUCGUGUGUCACGUCCCACCAUAUCUGUGAUGGGAACAACCACAGCGCACCAGCAGGACCUGCAACACCAACAGCAGCAGCAGCAGCAGCAGUCAUCAUCAUCAGCCACACCAUCAGAGCCCACGUCUCCAACAGCCGCCACAGCAUCAUUCACCACCGCAACUGGCGCCCCCGACACGCUGCUAUCGGCGUCAUCGGCAUAUCCGCAGGAGCUCACGUACUCUGCGGAGACGAGCGCGACCACCCACCGCCUCAAUCUCACCGCUGGCAUUGGCACGCCCAUGUACAUGGCGCCUGAGGUGCUGAUGGGCAGCAAGUACGACGCAAAGGCAGACGUGUUCAGCUUUGGCGUCGUGCUGUGGGAGAUGGUGACGGAACACCAACCUGAUUUGAUUGCACAGGAGAAAGGGUCUGGCUUCAGGGGGCCACUGCUCAGCACAAUGUCCACACUUCUCAACGAGGGGAAGCGCCUUGCUCUCACAGACGACAACGACACUACAGGUGUGCCUGGCCUGGUCACCUCGCUGUCGCGCGAGUGCAUGGCACAGGAUCCUGCACAGCGGCCCACGUUUGAGGCCAUUGCCCUCCGCAUCAAGGCUUCCGCCGACAUGUGAACAUGUCGUGUGUACAUGUGUGUGUCUAUGUCUGUGAGUCUGUGUGUGUGUGUGCCUGUGUGUCUGUGUGUCUCUGUGUCUCUGUGUGUGUGGGUGUGGGUGUGUGUGUGUGUGUGUGUGUUCCUGUGUCUGUGUGUGUUCCUGUGUCUGUGUGUGUGUCUGUGUGUGUGUUGUCAAUUUCGCACUGCAAUUGUGCACGUGUGACUGUCUCUUGCAUGUCGCUGUUGUGUAUUGUAGCUGAGUGUAGGAGUUGCUUUUGUUUAGUUGAACUUGAAAUGCCUCCUUGACGUCUGCCCACUCGUAUCUUGCGUGCUUGCUUUCCUUUGCUGCUUUUCUUUUCCCGCCCGUGUUAUGCUGUAGCCCUGUAAUGUUGCAUGAUGUUGUGUUGCAUUCGACUUCUCCCUUGUGUUAUCCCAUGAAAUCUCCAUUCCUUUGCUGUUGUUCCAUAGGGCAGGCACAUUUUGUUUGAGCGUUUAGCUUGAUGGUCCUUGAUUUGCACGUAUGUGAAGUGACGAUGCAUAAAUGUGUUGUAAGUGACA